GUAAAAUGCGUUAUGCCGUGUAGAGACUGGUAACGAUGUCAACGUGGCAUGCGCGCGCAACUAAUCACAGCUCCGAGAAAAAUGGCGGACGUGGAGUCAUUCUCAAAGAUGAGAUGGCGUAGCAGUCGAAGCUGUUUAUGUUUGAUUUUUGUUCUCGCUCAAUGCCGAUCGGGGUACGGCUUCUAUCUUCCUGGUAUCGCCCCUAUUGAUUACACUCAAGGACAGAAGCUAGACGUUAAAGCGGUUAAGAUGACCAGCGUAAAAACUCAACUUCCAUAUGAAUACUACACCAUGCCCUUUUGUCAACCGAAAAAUCUUGAGUACAAGCCUGAAAAUUUAGGUGAGGUGCUGCGGGGUGAUAGGAUUGUGAACACACCUUAUGAAGUCGAAAUGAAUGUGAACAAGAAGUGUGUUGUCUUGUGCCCUAUGAAAAUCAGUGCAGACAUGUCGAAGGUGGUGGCUGAUCGAAUCUUCAAGGAGUACUAUAUUCACAUGGUGCUUGAUAACCUCCCUGUUGCUACAAAAUUUCACAUGAUUGAGACAGGACAGGCCCAGUAUGAGCAUGGCUACAAGCUUGGAUAUAUGAUUGGGGACAAGAAAGUAUUGCUCAACAAUCAUCUCAAAUUGACCUUGAAGUACCACACCUAUGACAACAUCACAUAUAGAGUUGUUGGUUUUGAAGUGCAACCUAAAAGCUAUGCCAAAGAUGCCAUCAAGGUCGAGGGAUCAUCAUGUUCACUGCUAAAUGAUCACCCAGCUGGGCUGGAGAUUAACCCAAACAAUGAAAAUGAAAUAUAUUACACCUAUGAAGUCCAUUGGGAGUCUAGUGAUAUUGUGUGGGCCUCAAGGUGGGACACAUAUCUGGCAAUGAGUGAUGUCCAGAUUCACUGGUUUGCGAUUGUCAACUCUGUCGUCAUUGUUCUCUUCUUAUCAGGGAUUCUCGCCAUGAUCAUGAUUAGAACAUUAAGAAGAGAUAUUGCUCGCUACAAUAAGGAAGAUGACAUGGAGGACACCCUUGAAGAGACAGGAUGGAAGCUAGUUCAUGGAGAUGUGUUCCGCCCACCGCAGAAGGCGUGGCUUCUCACCGCAUUUAUAGGCACUGGGGUGCAGAUCUUCUCCAUGGUCGUCAUUAUACUAGUGUUUGCCAUGCUUGGCAUGUUAUCCCCAGCCAGUAGAGGUAGCAUGGUACAAGCAAUUAUUCUCCUCUAUGUCUUCAUGGGGAUGUUUGCAGGGUAUUUUGCCGCACGGCUUUAUAAAACCCUAAAAGGCCAGAACUGGAAAAAGUCUGCCUUUUUGACUGCGACACUAUAUCCAGGAUUUGUGUCUGCCAUCUGCUUCUUUCUCAACUUUUUCAUCUGGGGAAAGCACUCAUCAGGGGCCGUACCCUUCACAACUAUGCUAGCACUGUUGUGCUUGUGGGUUGGAAUAUCUCUUCCACUUAUCUUUCUUGGAUACUACUUUGGGUACAGAAAAUAUCCUUAUGAACACCCCGUGAGAACUAAUCAGAUUCCUCGUCAAGUCCCAGAGCAGAUGUGGUACAUGAACCUUAUUCCAAGUAACCUCAUGGCUGGCAUUUUGCCAUUUGGAGCUGUCUUUAUUGAGCUUUUCUUUAUACUAUCUGCAAUUUGGGAAAACCAGUUUUAUUACCUGUUUGGUUUCCUAUUCCUUGUAUUUGUCAUCCUUGCUGUGUGCGUCUCUCAAAUCUCCAUGGUGAUGGUCUACUUCCAGUUGUGCUCUGAGGAUUAUCACUGGUGGUGGAGGUCCUUUUUCAUGUCCAGUUCUUGUGCCAUUUACGUCUUUUUCUAUGCCAUAUUUUACUUUGUUACAAAGCUUAAUAUUGUUGGUUUCAUCCCUGCGCUCAUGUACUUUGGAUAUACGAUAAUCAUGGUGUUCACAUUUUGGCUCCUCACUGGCACAAUUGGCUUCUACACAACUUAUUUAUUUGUAAGGCACAUCUACGCUGCUGUGAAGAUAGACUAAAAUGCUCAAUGUAGAGUUAGAGGAUGGAUUUUAAAUGAAGUUCCCUCGAAGCAAGGAGUACACUGGAUGCAGGGGCAGAGUCUAGGGAAAGGUGACUUAAGGGUUCAAAAUUUGGUCAGAGCAAAGAAAGGAGUGCGUUUUGAAUAUGAGAAGUGCCAAUUUUAUGAUAAAUUGUCAGUUAUGGACAGCUAUCAAUCAUUAACCAGCCAGCCAACUGUGAUCAGGUAGAAGUGUUAAUAGUACGAGGAGGGAGAUUUCUCCACACAUCAUCACACCCAGUGACACAAAAGAAUUUAAAAAAUCAUCCAUCAUUUCAAACCACAUUGUUCCAGUGUACAAAGUUCCAUUGCUACUUGUUUUGUGUAAAGCAUGUUAUUCUGUUGUUGUCUCGUUUAUCCUAGAUUUAGACUAUUCUAAAAGACUAUCUGUUUCUCAUAACUUAGCCUUAGGGGUUACUCAGUUUCAAGAAGCCAUGGUCAAGUCCUAAGAAGAACAUAAAAAAGUAUGAAAUGUUCCAAACACGACUGCUGGUAUCCUUUGUCUUAAUAACCCUAUUAUAAUGAUACAACAUGAAAUAAUAUCAUAUAUUUGAGCACCAGACUUGAGAAGAAAGGCUUGGCUAAACAUGUUUCUCAAACAUAAUAAAAAAAAACCUGUGCAAGCAUUUCUUAUGAGGUUGCCUUAACAAUUCUUUUCUUAAUUUCAUAAAAUGAUGGGAUUACAUUGUAAAUUAUACAAGAGAGAAGAAAUUGGAUCCAUGAAAAUUUCAAGUUCUGAUUGGAUAAAAGUUUAAAACACAAAUUUCCUUUGUGGUUGCCUAAACUGCAAAAGUAUGUCCAACAUGAAUGUUUUAUUAUAAUGUAAAAUCUCAUUUUACCAUUGGGGGACGUUGUGAAAGCCAUUAGAGAUGCUGUGUUUUGUAUGGCUGAACACAGAAACGUGUGUAUAUAAAGCAAUAACAAAAAUGUUUGUAUGUUUAGCCGAGCCUUGACAAGCUAUUAUUACAACAUAAUUUGCAACACAACUGUUUGCUAGGUAAAGCAAGGGAAUAAAACUACAUAUUUUGAAA